AUGGAGGUCCCAUGGAAAGGUGACGAGGAUGCCCUAGUAUAUCCUGAUCUGCUCGCAAGGCGCAAGGAUGUGACUGCGAAACUGGAGGAGGAGCCAUACGACAUUCUUCUCUACCUUGAGCGCGCCAGCGUCCAUCGCAACCUCGAUUACCCCGAUUUGGCCGCAGGGGACGCUUAUCGGGCCCUGCUCCUCUCCGACGACAUCAAGGACGAUGCCGCCGAGUAUCACGAAGCAGCUACCGAAUCCUUUAGGAACCAUGUGGCCAAGUUCUUUCCUAGUGCCUCGGAUGCCGGGGCCGACGAAGAGGCAACGCUAUGCAAGAUGGCCGACGCUUGCUCUCUGAGAGCGUACAACCUUCUCUCCGCGAGCCUCUAUGAGGCGGGGUGCCUGAAGAGCGCCUACGAGUUUUGCGAGCGCGCGCUUGAGCUAGACCCUCAGCAGGAAACCAAGAAGCUCCAGGAGCGCAUCCUCGCUGCCGGUCGGCGGAGGUUAAAGCGAGAAGACGUCGCGGGGAGGAUCUGCCGGAUUGGGGCCUCGCGCGGAGAGAAGUGUAUCCUUGGAACGACCACGAAGCCGACCGGUUUGUUCGCCGACGAGGACAUUACGGCUGGAGAGGCGGUUCUAAAGGAGUACAGCCUCUUGACGGCGAACAACCGGUUCAAGGACCUACUGUGCGACGCUUGCGGCGAGGAGCUGCCCCGGCUGGGCGAUAGCAGCGGCGAGUCGGUCAGCUGCCCCGAAUGCUACGAUACCGUCUUUUGCAGCCCGUUUUGCUUUGAGCAAGCCCAGGAAAAGUACCACCCGGCCGUAUGCGAGAAGGAGGUCGACUCCAUCGGCAAGGACCCUAAACAUAGGGAGGCGGAUCAGAGGCUACACAUGCUGCUGCUCGCGCGCGUCCUCGCCAUGUCGGCCUGCCAGGAGGUCCACCCGCUCGACAUCCUCGAGGUCAAGUACAUCUGGGGCGACUUUGUGCCCACGGCGGAGAGCGUGCGGCAGACGAAGGGCGAGGGCGAUGACGAUGACGAUGACGCGCACCUCCCACCCUCCACCUGGACUCUGCCGUUCAGCUUCGAGUACAACAUCAAGAUGCCCCUGCACAUACUGGAAAAGAUGGACUACGACGUCUACAGCCACCUCGCCGACUUUGACGUGUGGGUGUUCAACACCCUCUACGCCAAGUUCCGCGGAACCGCAUCGGCGCGCAAGAACCCGCGUGACGGCCGGCCCGAGGUCGCCGCCGUCCAUCCCUUUUGGUGCCUCGCCAACCACGACUGCGAUCCCAACGUGACCCCCUGCCUCCUCGAGCAGUCCGAGCAGAUGAACGUGGCGUCGGGCGCCGCGUGCGCGCUGACCCAGGCGUGGAGGUCGGCACAAGCCACGGAGAAAGGGUCGGAGCAAGGAGGAGCUUGGCUACCGCCGCCGUCGGCCGCGGGGCACGUCACGCAGGCGCAGGUGCCGUCCGGCGGGGCGGAGGAACGGUCGGGUCCGCAGGUGGUGAUGGGACCGGCGAGGACGGGGACGACGAGACUCUUUGUCGAGGUCCUUGUUCUCGUCUGGACUCCAAGUGUCGUAUAA